AUGAAGCCUGAAGAUGAAAACUUUGAUAAUAUCGGCGAAGACGCCUAUAUACAGACAAUUAAUCAAAUCAACAUAAAACCAAAUAAAUGCAUUAUAAACAGUUCAAAUGAUGGGGGUAUAAAAAUAGGGGUUAACCAAAAGGAUUAUGAUUUAUAUAUUAGUCAAUUAAAAAACCAAAAUCCAAAAGAACUAUUUCAAAUGCCUAUGGAUAUAUAUGCCCAUGACUUAGUUAGUGGUGAAGGUGAAAGUGACGAUAUUCCUACUACUAAUAGUAGUAGUAGCAAAAACGAUAGUAACAAUAAUAAGAAUAAUAAUGAUGAUCGAGACAAGGGGGACGAAGUUAAUGAAAUAAAUCCACGAUUAAGGAAAAUAAAAAAAAAUGUUGAUAAUAAAAUAAUUGAUUUAGAUUGUUAUAAUAAUGCUUGUGGAAGUGAUGUAGAAUAUAAUGACCUAUGUAAUAAAACAACAAAUAAUACAAAAAAUAAUAUAAAAAAUAAUAUAAAAUCAAAUGUCGAUUUUUUAAUAAAAUGUAACGAUAGUAAUGACACAACAAUUUCUGCUUCUACAUCGUGUACAAAUACAAAACUUUUACGACAAUCUAGCGAUAUAAACAAUUUAAAUGCGGAAAAUUAUAUUUUUAGUAAUAUAGAUGAUAAUAAAAUUGGUAGUAAUACUAGUAAAAUAAAAGAAAAUUGUAAUAGAAAUUAUAUAUAUGAUAAAGAAGAAAGUAUAAUUUCCGACAGUGUUAAUAAUAGCAAUAUAGAUAAUACAUCUAAGGGGAGUAACACUGUACUUUUUUCUAACCAUUCUAAAUUAAAUUACAAUUAUGAACACCCAGAAAAUACAAAGUGCAUAAUAUAUGACAAUAAUAUAGAUAACCAUACAAAUUGUAAAAUUAAUAAAGAAUACAAUAAUAUUAGUACAAACAAUUUUUCAAAUAAUUUAAAAAAAUCUAAAAAUAAUAUUAAUAAAACAAUAAAUAAUGGUAUUAUUAAUUACGACCUAAAUGAGAAAAAUAAAAAUCCAAAAUUUGUGCAUGAAAAUACAAAUAAUUUAAAUAAAUUUGAAAUUAAUGAAAAUACAUAUGAUUUAUUAAAUAAUACAGAUUUGGCAAAUAAAUUAAAUAAAUUUUGUAAUAAAAUCCAGAAAAAAAAAGUAACAAAGGAUUAUAAUUUUAUAGAUAAUCCAACUGACAACAUCAUAAAUAUAGAAGAUGAUGUAAAUAAAGAAGAACCAGAAGUAGUAUCAAAAAGCAGAAUACAAUCAAUGCUUAUGCAUCUAAAAAAUAUUAAUAAUUUAUCUUUAAAUAAUUUAACACAUCUUAAAGAUUGCAAUUUCGAAUCAACGGAUACAAAUUGCUUAAAUAGCAAUAAUGACCUUUCUGAUCAUGAUGAAAAAAAAAAGAAAAAAAGAAAAAGAAUUAACGAUAAUUUAGCAUUAAAUAAUAUUAAAAAACAAAUUAAUUCUAUAAAUCCUUAUAAAAAUUAUAUUUACAAUAAUGAAACUGUUGACGAUUCAAAUCCCCAACAAAUGAUAGCCCAAACAUUUUUUAAUCAAAAUGAACUGGGAAAAAUUAAUUCUGAACAUGUAAUUAAUGGCCCAAUUGACUUAUUAAGUAAUGAACAAACUAAUAAAAAAAAUGGUGUAAAAAAGGAGAGUGACAUUUCAGAAAAUUAUAAUAAAAAUGUAAUAACCAACAAUGUGAUUCCCUCAACUGCUCGAUCUCCUAUAUAUCAAACAAAUGUAAAAACUGAAAAAACUAGCCAUGAUAGUGAUAUAUAUGAAAAAGAAUCUGAGCAUGACAAUAAUUCUGUUGAUGACUGUAAAGGAGUUAUUGAUGGAGUUAAAAAAGAGAUUAGUGCAUCAGAUGAUGUCAGAACAAAUAAUGUAAUUGCCGACGAACCUCCACCCAACAUACCUAAUGAAGCAUAUUCAAAAAGGCCACAACGAAAUGCAGCAAAAAAAUGCAUAAAUUUGUGGUCUGAAGAGUUAAAAAAAAAAUCUGAUAAAGCGUAUGGAUUACAUGAUAAAGGUAAAAAUGGAGUUGAUUCAAAAAGGGAAGAAAAAUUGUUGAAAAAAAAAGAAAAAGAGCGAGAAAAAGAACGGGAAAAAGAACGGGAAAAAAAAGAAGGGAUAAAUGCUAACAAAACAGAUUGGGAAAAUGAUGAGGAAGGGAUAGAUGAAGAAAAUGAUAAACAAAAAAAAAAAAAUAAAAAAAAUAAAAAAUAUAAUAAAAAUGAAAAUAUAACAGAAAUAGAACAAGGUAAUGAGGACAUACCUAUAUUAUUUAAUCGAAAUAUGGAUGAAAGAGAAAUGUUUAAAUAUUUAGAUAUUUUAAGACACUUACCUAGUAAAAAAGGAGGAGCACAAUAUAAAUUACAUAAAGCUAUAUUAACUGAAGAAAUGGUUAAGAGGGCUAAAAAAUUUCCAUUAGUUCAAGGGGUUUAUUUUGAUAGAUAUCAACAAAGAUGGAGUGUAAAUUGGAAUGAAGAUGGCAAAAGAGUUGCAAAAUAUUUCCCAAUUAAAUUAUUUGGAUUUGAUUAUGCUCGUAGAUUAGCUAUUUAUUGUAAAAAUUAUCAGAAAAUACCUGAAGAAGCUUUAAUUUAUGAACAAGCUUAUCGAGCUAAACAACAAAAUAAUAAAUCCAAGUUAGAAAAUCGAGAUAAUUUAAAAACGGUAGAAAUUGAAAAUAAUGGUGAAAAUAGUAAAGGAGAUACUAUUAAAAAGAAUAAUAAAAGAAAUUUAAAAAAAAGAAAUAUUUUAAUUAAACAAAAUUCAGAAGAUGAAACAUUAAAUAGUUCUAAUGUUACAAAAAAAAGAAAUCUUACAAAUAAAAAUGAUAAAAAUAAUGAUACACAUUUUAUACAAAGUAAUGAAAAAAUAUGGAAAAAUUUAGAAAAUCUUCAAGACAUAUCUAAAAAACUUAUUAUUAAUGAACAUGGAUAUAGUAGUGAUAAUAACAGUGAAGUUAGAAAGUAUAAUCCAUCUUUUGAUAAUAAUAAUAAUUUACUUUCUGAUUCUAUAAGUGGAUCUAUUCGAAGUAACUCACAUUCUGAAGAAUUAUUUUCUGGAAAUAUUUUAAACAAUUUACAAAGACAUGAUAAUAUUGAUGUUUUUAAAAUAAACAAAAUGUAUAGUGCAAAUGCGAAUACCAUUAAGAAGAAUGAUAUACAAAAUUCUAUAAAUGGUGAGGCACGGUUAUUAAAUCUGUUAAAAAAUAAACACUUAAAUAAUGAGUCAAAUACUGAUCUAGAUAAUAAUAAAAAUUUGAACUUGUUUGAAUGGAAUAAUGAUGCAAUAUAUCAAGAUAAUGUAUUGGAUGAACUAGAUAAAAUAGAAAUAGAAAAAAUUCAAAAAAAAAAAAAAAAAAAUAUUUCACAUAAAGUUCAAAAUGAAUUAUACCAUUUAGAAAAUAUAAACUUAUUAGAUGGGAUAGGUAAAGAAAAUAUUAAUAGCAUUAAAAAGGAAAAUCAAUUAGGAUCUAAAAAUAAUUUGAUUACUAAAUUAAAUACUAUUAAUCAUGAUAUAGAAGAUGAAAGAAGUGAAGAAAAAACAAAUAAAAUAAAAAAAAAUUAUAAAAAAAAUAUAACAUGUACAUCUACAGGAACAUCAUCAUUAAAAUCGUCUGCUUCUUGUAUAUCUUCUGCUUCAUCCUGUUACAAAAAUUUAGAACAAUUAACAUCAAAUCAUGUUUAUCCUGACUUUAAAGAAAAUAAUAUCACACAUAAUAAUGAUAAUAAUUUAGCUGAUGAAAAAGAAUCACAAGUUUUGAACAAAUGUAUAAGAAAAUAUGAAAGCCCAAAUAUGUUAGGAAACUCUAAAACUGCUGGUAUUCGAAAGGAAAGUUCUUCAUUCUCUACUGGGGCUAAUGAAAAUAAAUUUUUAAAACAAAUUGUAAAUCAAAAUAAAGAACAAACUUCGAUAGAUAGUAAUGACAAAAAUAUAUUUCAAAGAAUAGCCAACCAAGGUUAUGAUAAAAAUCUAGAGAAUAUUGAAACUUAUCGUAAUAAAAUUGAUGACAUUAAAAAUAUAAAUAAAUAUAAAGAUAUAAUUAAUAAUUUAGGAGGAUUUCAAAAUAUUGAUAAAGGAUUAAAUACAAAUGAUAGUAAUAAUGUUUAUAAUCCAACUGAAAGUAUAAAUAAAGAAAAUGAAGAUAAUCCUGAUGACAUAAAUUCAAGGAUCGUUGGUGUACAUUAUGAUAGGAAGCAAUAUCGAUGGAAAGCAACUUGGUAUACAUCAAAUGGAAGAAGAUGUGCAAAAUAUUAUCCUAUAAAACAAUAUGGAUAUUUAGAAGCAAAAAAAAUGGCUAUAGAAUGUAGAAAAGCAUAUAAUUUAUAUAAAAAAUUAAAAAAAAAUCCUGAAAAUAAUACAGAUACUAAUGAUAUUGAAGAUAUCGAUUUUGAAACUACAAUAUUUCCUAAAGAAUAUUAUAUAAGCUUGUUUGAAAAUGAUGAAAAAAAAUAUGGUUAUUAUCUAGAUAAUAAAAAAGGAAAAAAAAUCAAAGCCAAAAAAGAAAGUGUUACUACCCCAGUUUCUAGUAAUUCCCUUCGAAACAACAGUGCCAAUCAUAAUAAUAUUGGACUUUCCAUUCCCAAUUCAAACAAUGAUUAUUAUUAUUUUGGUGAUAGCAAUACGAAUACUAACAUUAACGAUAUUAACUCUACUAAUAUUGUAAAUAGCAACUAUUGUAAUAAUGUUUUAACUUUCCUUGAUAAUGCAAAACAAAAGAAACACUGUAAUGAUGCGCUUAAAAAAAUAGGGAAUGUGAAAUUGGGAGAAUAUACUAAUUUAUCUGAAGAUGUUGAUAAUGUUACUAGUUUUCAUAAGUCUAACACAGUAUUAACCGAUUUUAAUGAAUAUAAUAUAAACAAAAAGAAAAUUGAAAAUAAUAUAGACAAGAUUAAAUAUUUUCCAAUUGAUUCUAAAACGAAUAGAAAUAAUUUAUUUAAAAAUAUUGCAGAAAUAAGUAAUUACAAUAAAUUGAAAAAAUUAAAUAAUAAAAAUUUAGGAUAUACAUAUGAUAAAGGAUCAGAUAGUAUAUGUCAUAGUACAUUUAAAAAUGGGAUUGAUGAAGAAGAAAAGGAAGAAAACAAAGAAGAAGAUAUAAAUGAUAAUAAUUUGAAUAAUUCUACAAAAUAUCCAUCACCUUCUUUAUUAUCUUUAUAUUAUUUAUCAGAAAAUAUUUUAAAAUUUCAAAAAGGAACAAUUAAAUAUAUUUUACAAGACUUACGAGAUAAUUGCUUAUCAAAUUUAGCAUACGAUUUACAAAAUAUAACAUUUCAAGAAUAUUAUAUGGCUAUUCAUUAUUUAAAUAGAUAUGUAAAUGAUUCAACAUGUUAUGAUGAUAUAUUUUUUCUUUUAAAAGUAUUAGCACAAAAUUUAGAGAUUAAAAAAAUACCAAGUUUAUAUAAUGAAGAAAAACAAAAAGAACUAUUAAACUCAUUAACAGUGAUAACAAAAAAAUUGAAAAAUAAUUAUUCUUACUAUGCACGUAAUACCUUUAAAAAUACAAAUGAGCUUGACAAAUUCUCAUCUUUAAUAUUUCAAUAA